CUACUUACAGGGGCUCCGUGACAGUGUCUUCUUGGAUACCGCUACAAUUGCGUAAUGACUGAUCAUUAGUAGGAAUUCCCACGGAUCAAUCCUGUUUCUAUGGCUAGCGGAGCCGUCGCCUGGCCUCCACAGUUUGGAUUGUCACGUUGUGUCGCACUGGUCAGCGGACUGGGGGAUGGUGCAUGGCGACUCGUCUCAGGCCCAUCUUAACCUUAGAAACAAGACGUUUAUUCCUUGGACUCAGUAGCUUACAUUAGCAGAAGUAAGCUAGGAGACAGUGACAAUCAAAACUUCACAAUAGACGAAGACCAUCGACAAGAAUGCCUGGGUCUAAGAAAGAGAUGGAGACUCAAGAGUCAUUGAAAAAAUGUUCCGGGCUAGGUAAGGCACUUGUCCAAUCUGUGGGAGGCCUGUCCCUCCAGCUAAUUGUGGUGAAAAACAUGGAGCUGCAGACCAUCCGUUCGGAGGAAGGUCCGGCGAGGUUCCGCCAGAAGUCGUCGGUGGUCGUGGCCAGCUCGACCGGCGGGUACACGGUAAGCACGGCGCCGGCGGAUAGCGAGGAGAGGUUGGACGCGGAGACGGGAGUGGUGUCGGUCGAUCCCGCCGGAGACAAGGCCAGGGGGACGUGGGACAAGAAAACGGACUUUCUCCUGUCUGUGAUCGGCUUCGCAGUGGACUUGGCGAACGUGUGGAGGUUCCCGUACCUGUGCUACAAGAACGGCGGAGGCGCAUUCCUGAUUCCUUAUCUGACGUUCUUCCUGAUUGGUGGGUUGCCGCUGUUCUACAUGGAGCUGAUUCUUGGGCAGUUCAACAGAACAGGAGCCAUCAGCGUCUGGGAACACGUCUGUCCCAUACUGAAAGGUGUCGGGUACGCCGUCAUCAUCAUCGCCUUCUUCGUCGACCUGUACUACAACGUCAUCAUCACCUGGUCGUUCUUCUACCUGUUCGCCAGCUUCACGACCAAACUGCCCUGGACGUCGUGCGACAAUGAGUGGAACACGCCCGACUGCAUCGACCAGCUCACCGACGACUUCGUCAACGGCACGGACGGCUUCAACGCCACGGUCAACGAGACGCGGCGCGGGAUUUCACCGGCUGCACAGUACUACGAACGCGAGGUGUUACAGCUCUACAAAAGUGAAGGUAUCGGCGACUUCGGGGAUCUGCAAUGGAAGCUGGCGCUGUGUAUGCUGGGAGUAUUCCUGCUGCUGUACCUCAGCCUGUGGAAGGGUGUCAGGUCGUCUGGAAAGGUAGUGUGGGUGACAGCCACCAUGCCCUACAUCGUCCUGACGAUCCUGUUGAUCCGCGGAGCUACUCUGCCUGGCGCCUCGGAGGGGAUUAAAUACUACCUGACUCCAAACUUCGACAGGCUCAUGGAUUCACAGGUAUGGAUAGACGCUGCACAACAAAUUUUCUACUCGCUCGGUGCGGGUUUUGGUGUGCUGAUCGCGCUAUCCAGUUACAACAAAUUUCACAACAACUGUUACAGAGACGCCCUCGUGACCAGUUCUGUGAACUGUAUGACCAGCUUCUUCUCCGGGUUCGCCAUCUUUUCUGUGCUGGGGUACAUGUCGCAGAAACGGGGCGUGCCCAUUGACAAAGUCGCAACCGAAGGACCGGGAUUGGUGUUUGUGGUCUACCCAGAAGCCAUUGCGACCUUGCCGGGUUCCACAGCUUGGGCCAUCAUAUUUUUCCUCAUGCUCAUCACACUGGGAAUAGACAGCUCGAUGGGCGGGACAGAAGCGAUCCUGACGGGUUUGAGUGACGAGUUCCCCAUCCUUACCAGAAAGCGGGAACUGUUCACGGGCGUCAUUCUGUUCGUGGAGUUCUCUCUGGCACUCAUCAACGUCAGUCAGGGCGGCAUGUACAUGUUCCACAUGCUGGACCAGUACGCUGCAGGAACGUCCAUCCUGUUUGCGGUGCUGUUUGAGGCUAUAGGCGUGUCCUGGCUCUACGGUAUGAGACAGUUCAAGCAGGACGUGGAGGAGAUGCUGCACUUCACCCCCGGCCUGUGGUGGCGCUUCUGUUGGAAGUUCGUUAGUCCGCUCUUCUUGCUGUUCAUCACGAUCUUCAGCAUUGUGCAGUACAGGCCCCUGGCGUACGAGACGUACGUGUACCCGCCCUGGGGGGUGGGGCUGGCCUGGUGUCUCAGCGCCUCCUCCAUGGUCUUCAUCCCGGGAUACGCCAUCUUCAAACUCCUCAAGUUACAAGGACCUUUCCGAGAGCGCAUAGCUUACGCCAUAACACCAGCAUUCGAACACGAAGAGAUCAGAGACAAGGGAGAGGUCAAACGUUUCCAGCUUCGUCAUUGGCUGUCUAUUUAAAGAUUCAACGCCGAGGGAUCAGAACCCACCUAACAGUACUUCAUCAUCUGAUAGUGUUCCGGGUCAUCACGAACAGAAGUAUCGUUGCGUUGUCAGAUACCUGAAGUUGUUAUGGAUUCGUUUAUUGUGUGUAUAGGUUAAUACCUCGAGGGGACUACGAGAGACAUUUCAUGACGAAUUUUCAUGAAAUUGUUCGUAGCCGGGACACAGAAGUAUGUCCCACGACCUCAGAUCUUCGACAAAUAUUGUUAACCUUUUUGAAACCUCGUCAUUGAUUAUGCAGAUUAAAUCGUCGUUUGCAUAAUGAGGGUUUGAUUAUGAUAAUCACCACUAUCUACAUACUAACAUCAUGCCGACCAGUCAACCCCUUCAUGAGUUAUUCUCUUCCACAGUCUUAAACUAAAUCAGCCCCUGCAGUUCCGAAGAAGCUGCUAGGGGGGCCCAAACUACAGCACUUAAUUGUGCUAAGAUCUUCUACCACUUCAAACCCACGACUAUGCCCUUAACACUUGAUCAAGACCGAAGAUUCACACAAAACAUGACCUUCGUAUCGAAGGUAAAAAAAAGAAGAUAAUUCGGCUAUGCUAUUAUAAGCUGGAAAUUCACUAUGGAACUUCCCACAAGUCCUACAGUUCUUAAGCGACUUCAGGGCAGUACCUGCCUCUUGUACAAAUGACUGCGAGAGAAUGAGUAGCACAUUAUGUUUUAAACUUCGCUGUUAUUACCAUAGAUUGUUGAACAGAGAAGGUAAGAUAAACAAAGCGCUUGAACUGUGAUACCAAAAAGUCGUAUAGUCCUAUACUCGUACUUAUAUACAUGUAACGUUAUGUAUAUGUAGCACACACCACGUUGUAAAAGCGCUUGUGGCAGAUUAUUUUGAUAGAUAUAUGUUUCUGAUGAGUUUGCUGAUAUUUCAACGUUUGAAAUGAACUACAGUGUCUGUAACUAUGUAAGAUGCCUGCUGUGAAAUAGUGAACAUAGAACGUUGAAUCGUGUGUGUGUGUGUUUUGAAGCAAAUAGCUGGGGUACAUGUAUCUUUAUAUUGUAAAUAAAGGUUAGCUGCCCGAUGUUUAUCAUCAAGAUUUUGCAUCUGUUGAUGUAGUAGCGGGUUAGAAUGUAUAGCAUCGAGUACUCAACCCACAGAACCACUGCCACUUGGUCGCACACCGUUAACUUUGUAGUUUGAUACAAUGUUGCUGUACAAGAGUUAGACUUAGGGAUGAAUGUUAGCGUGCUAUCGUAUAGGCAAGAUAUACAAUAUUGGUAGAAACUUAAGAAAGACUUGAUGUUGUAGCUGGCCGUAAAACGUGGCGCAGUGUGUUAUCGUAAACAAAAUGUAUUUAAAUGGUAUUGAACAAGUAUCGUAAACUGUAUGAUAGUCUUCUCAUGACUUAUACUUUUUCUAUCUAUUGUAAAGAAAAUAGGAAGGCUCCUGGUGUGAUAUGCUGUUCAAAAGUAUGUAAUUGUUUGCAGUGCUAUAUACACCAAAGAUAACGUAUACAUUGUG